AUGAAGAUUCUAGAAGUUACAGUAGUGUUGGUAGCCCUGGUACAAGUUUCUCAAAGUUUCCCCACCUUGUACUACAGGAGUUGGUUGAGAUUGUUAAGGGAAGGAGAUAGCUGUGGAAAAUGCAAUUUAGAACUUUGCUCCAAGCCUACACACUGUCCAGCUGGGACUGUAUUAGAUCAGUGUGGCUGCUGUCCUGAAUGUGGGAACGUGGAAGGGCAGAUCUGUGACUUGGAUAAGGUCAAUCAUUUCUACGGGCAGUGUGGGGAGAACUUGGAGUGCAGGCUGGAUGCCGACGAAACCAAGUUUGGGGAAAUCCCUGAACCACAAUGUGUCUGUAAAUCCCAGGAAAGUGUUUGUGGACCCGAAGGCAAGACCUAUGCGAACAUCUGCCAAUUCAAAGAGGCUUACUCUGAGAAGAGAAGAAAUAUCAACAUGAAGCACAAAGGACCAUGUGAAUCAGCUCCUGUUAUUUCUUUGCCACCUCAGGAUGCUCAGAAUUUCACAGGUAACGACAUCAUCUUUGGCUGUGAGGUGUCCGCCUAUCCUAUGCCACACCUUGAGUGGAAGAAAAAAGGGAAUAAAAUGUUUCUGCCAGGAGAUGAUGCCCACAUCUCAAUCCAGGCAAGAGGUGGGCCUAAGAAAUAUGGUGUGACAGGGUGGCUUCAAAUUCAAGGCAUCAAGAAAUCGGACGAAGGCAUCUACAUCUGCCACACAAAAAACAAGUAUGGCAUUGCAUAUGCAUCUGCAAGACUGAAAGUCAUUGAUGGUUCAUCCUCUACAUUUCAGAUUUCUGCUGGCAGCAGAAUCACAAGCUACAUUACAGAUUAUGGAGACUAUUAUGAUCAUACUGAAGAGGAUGAGGAGGAAGAAUAUGAAUCUGGGGACGAUGAAAAUUGA